CCCCCUUCCUCUCAUUUCUUCUCCGCUCGUUAUCUUUCCAUUCAUAUCACCACACCAGAAAAUUCCCUCUCUAGCUCUGUGGGGGAAGGAAGAUGGAGAUGGCUGACCAGAAGACAGUGGCCAAAGAUGCCGUCUCCGGCAACGGCGUCCAACGGAAGUCGAUCGAGGACUUCGAUCCUCCGGCGAAGCCCCACCUUAACAAGUAUGCUUCCGCCUGCGCCAUCCUGGCCUCCAUGACCUCCGUUUUGCUCGGUUAUGAUAUAGGAGUGAUGAGCGGGGCAGUGUUAUACAUACAGAUGGAUCUGAAGAUAAGUGACACUAAGGUCGAGAUCUUGACCGGGAUCCUUGCCUUGUACUCACUCCUCGGGUCGGCGAUGGCGGGACGAACCUCCGACUGGAUCGGCCGCCGUUACACCAUCGUGUUGGCUGGGGCCAUCUUCUUCGUCGGGGCCCUCCUCAUGGGAUUUGCCCCCAACUACAGCUUCCUCAUGUUCGGCCGCUUCGUCGCUGGCAUCGGCGUCGGCUACGCCCUCAUGAUCGCUCCCGUCUACGCGGCUGAGGUCUCCCCUGCCUCCUCUCGCGGCUUCCUCAGCUCCUUUCCCGAGGUUUUCAUCAAUGCUGGCAUCCUCCUCGGCUACAUCUCCAAUUAUGCCUUCUCCAAGCUCCGCCUUAACCUCGGGUGGCGUAUGAUGCUCGGAGUGGGAGCAAUCCCCUCGGUCAUGCUUGCCUUCGGGGUCCUCGCCAUGCCGGAGUCCCCCCGAUGGCUCAUCAUGCAAGGCCGCUUGGGAGACGCGAAGCGUGUCCUAGCCAGGACCUCCGACUCCAAAGAGGAGGCCGCGCUUCGGCUUGCUGACAUUAAGGAGGCUGCUGGUAUUCCUAAGGAGUGCAAUGACGAUGUUGUCAAGGUCACAAAGCGAAGCACUGGGGAGGGCGUGUGGCGCGAUCUACUCCUCCACCCGACCCGGUCCGUCCAACACAUCCUCAUCUGCGCAGUUGGGAUCCAUUUCUUCCAACAAUCCUCUGGUAUCGACGCUGUCGUCCUCUACAGCCCUCGUAUCUUCGCGAAGGCAGGUAUCCACUCCUCCAACAAAAAGCUCCUUGCCACCAUCGCAGUCGGCUUCGUAAAGACGAUGUUCAUUCUCGUUGCCACCUUCCUCCUCGAUCGGGUCGGGAGACGGCCGUUGCUGCUGACCAGCGUGGGCGGGAUGAUCGUCUCGCUGGCCUCCCUCGGAAUGUGCCUCACCAUCAUCGACAAUAGCCAUACAAAAGUCAUGUGGGCGGUGGCUAUGUGCAUCGCAUCAGUGUUGUCCUACGUGGCCUUCUUCUCCAUCGGGAUGGGACCAAUAACAUGGGUGUACAGUUCAGAGAUAUUUCCGCUGAGGCUACGCGCGCAAGGGUGCGCGAUCGGCGUCGGCAUGAACCGAGUGGUGAGUGGAACGUUAGCGAUGACGUUCAUAUCACUAUACAAGGCGAUCACGAUCGGAGGGGCCUUCUUCUUGUACGCGGGGAUCGCUUGCGUCGCAUGGGUGUUCUUCUACACGCUGAUGCCGGAGACGCAGGGGCGAACGCUAGAGGAGAUGGGGCAGUUUUUUGGUAAAUUCACCAAAUGGAGGUCUGCGGCGAGGGAGCUGGAUAUGCAAAGGAGCAAAGUGGUGGUCAAUGGUGACGGCACCGGCGAGGGAACGUUAGGAAAAUGAUUAUACGGUGGGGGGUAUCAGGUAGAUAUCAAAAGCCUUUGUUAGGGUUUUUUGAGUAAUUACACAUACAUAGUGUGAUGGUUGAUGAUGGAUAACGACGAAAGGGGUUGCUUCUUGUUUGACAUUUUUAAGAAACAGAAACAAAUUACUAUGAUGAAUAUUAAAAGAAGAAGCCCAGAGAAAUUCCUCAAGAAAUUCAAUUGUCGUUGGAAUAAGAAAUCUCCUCUUUCUCCUUUGA